AAGAAGGAACAUAUAAAAGUAAGCCAUCUCCUCGGCACCAUCUAAAGACCUAAAAUCUACUCGUCAUGGUUCGCUUUUCAACAGCCGCUCUAUUUUCUCUGUCGACAUUGACACCUUCAUGUAUUGGUGCCUUCCAGCUGUCUUCGCCAGCACAACUUCCGACAAGUAGGCUUCGUCGGCAUACGAACACGGCGCCGCUUUCGGCCGUGGCCGUCGACUCCGGUUCUUCCGAUCCGGCCUUGGUAGGCAACCUCCCCCUUCCCAACAACAAUGAUAAUGAGGACAAGAACCGUAGAAUGCCAAUGAUGGACUUGAAAGGUAUUGCUCUGUCUGGUCUCAAAGGGCAAGCUCUUUCCGUCCGAGCGGAAGAUUUUCCUCAGGCGAAAGACUUGCGUGCCGUCAUUCCGAAAGAUUGCUUCGAACCCGACACGGCCAAAUCGUUGGGAUAUCUUUCCGUUUCAACUAUGGGGACAAUUCUCUGCUCCGUCGUCGGCGCGAACCUCCUUAGUGUGCUCGAUCCCUCCAAUCCAUUAACCUGGCCUCUCUGGGCGGCCUACGGUGCCGUCACGGGGACGGUCGCCAUGGGGCUUUGGGUGCUGGCCCACGAAUGCGGACACGGCGCCUUUUCCAAAAACCGAUCCCUCCAGGAUGCCGUGGGGUACAUUAUCCAUUCCAUCAUGCUGGUGCCAUACUUUAGUUGGCAGCGAUCGCAUGCCGUGCAUCACCAGUAUACCAAUCAUAUGGAACUGGGGGAAACACACGUUCCGGAUCGAGCCGAUAAGGAGGGCGAGAAGAGCCUGGCGCUCCGCCAGUUCAUGUUGGAUUCCUUUGGUAAAGACAAGGGCAUGAAAGCAUACGGAGGCCUCCAGUCGUUUUUGCAUCUCAUCGUGGGAUGGCCAGCCUACCUCCUGAUCGGUGCGACCGGUGGACCCGACCGUGGUAUGACCAACCAUUUUUAUCCCAACCCUUUGUCGACGCCAACACAGCCCAAGAAAGAACUUUUCCCUGGGAACUGGAAAGAAAAGGUCUACCAGUCAGAUAUUGGAAUCGCCGCCGUUGUCGGCGCCCUCAUUGCUUGGACCGUCACUUCGGGUCUAGCCCCCGUCAUGGCCUUGUACGGUGGUCCCUUGAUCGUCAUUAAUGCCUGGCUGGUACUGUACACGUGGUUGCAACAUACAGAUACCGAUGUUCCGCACUUUUCCUCCGACAACCACAACUUUGUCAAGGGCGCACUGCAUACGAUCGAUCGUCCCUACGACAAACUUGAUCCCUGGGGAAUCAUAGACUUUCUGCACCACAAGAUUGGAACAACGCAUGUGGCACACCAUUUUGACAGUACUAUCCCCCACUACAAGGCUCAGAUUGCUACCGAUGCCAUCAAAGCCAAGUUUCCAGAAGUCUACCUCUAUGACCCGACACCAAUUCCACAAGCCAUGUGGCGCGUCGCCAAGGGAUGUACUGCAGUAGAGCAACGCGGUGACGCCUGGGUGUGGAAAAACGAAGGAAUAGAAGAUUUGGUGGAACAUCGUCAAAGCAAAUUAUCGAGCGAAUAAAGCAACAUAUCGCUUUAUGGAAGAACAAACGUCCAUUGUGUAAACCCUGAUAAUUUCAAUAAUGUGUUUUGUUUU